AUGUCUGCUGAACAGCCCCCAGCAGCUCCGGCCCUUGGAGAAUCGUGGGUGAUGACUCCGACCGCUUCUUCAGAGAAGAAAGAAGUCCCCGGAGAGCCCAGGCCCAAAAUCAGCAAGGGCGCAAAGACAGCCACCCCCUCCGAAUCACUAUCGGCCUCAUGGGAAUCGGGCCCGGAACUCGUGAUGCCCUCGAUCUGCGAGACACCCAACCCAGAAGGAUCAUGGGUGGAAUAUGUCCGCACGCCGAAGCAGUCGGGAUCAGAAAGCACGCGGAAGCGACGCAAAGUCUCAUCGCCCAGCACCAAACUCCAACAGGCACACGCCCAAAAAUCCGUCAAAGCAGACGCUGGCUCGUCUGCUAAGAUCGCAAAAGCAUCAAACCCGACUCUGGGGAUCAAUACCGCGCUCGCCCGCGGCGCAAUCAACACACUCCUCAUCGCGCUCAUUCUACACCUCCUCGUCCUCCCGGAGCUCGUCCACCAAGCACGAGACCUCUGCCUAAUUCCAAGCGUCAAGUCCCUCUACGCCAGCAGCUGCAGUGUCCCAUACGCCGCGCAUCCAAACCAGUCAACCGCCUCCGACCUCACAAGCUCCCAAACAAACCUCCAAUCCAUCCUCACCACAACCCUCACAACCCUCACCCCACUCUCCUCAACCCUAAAAGAAAGCGAAACAAUCCUAACCAACCUCUCCGCCCACCUAAAAAGCACAAUUCCCGACGCACGUCACGCCCUCGACCUCGAAUUCACCGGCAGCGACCAAGCCCUCCAAACCGCAAUCUGGGAAUUCGACUCCCUCCGCACCGACCUCCGCUCCGCCCUCGAAUCCCUCCUCUCACCCACACAAUCCAGCGUAGCAAUCCACCUCCGGCGCCGAAGCGAGUAUCUAGAGCGCCUGCGAGCCCAAAUCCGCAGCAAGGCCGAGUCACUCAACACGCGGUUCAGCACACUCGACGACCAUCUUGAGGCGGUGGGGAUAGUAGCGCGUGAACACUCGAUCUCACAUGGGGAAUCGUAUUCGGUUCUGGACUCGUUGCCGUUCGGGUCUUAUUUUCGGGGAUCGUCAGGAGAUCCAGAGGAGUCGUCAGCUCGGCCCGCGACCCUUGCGCUGGUGCGUGGUGCGGCGGCGCAUCAUCGUGCUGUUGCUGAUUCGGUGCUUUGGCUGUCACGACAGUUGGGGUCCACUUGA